CCAAACGGCGCGGUGCAUUGUUCGAUCGAAGACGAAGGCGUUCUAGAAAAAACCUUUCGGGCGGCAUCAUCCUCCGGACGGAAUUGUGAAUCAAAAUUACGCAUUCGCAGAUGACUUUGGAUUCUUUUCUGUGGAGAAAAAUAUUAUCAAACAGACAAAGAUGGCUUCCUCCAUCGCCAUUGUGAAAGUGCCGAACAUGAACUGUGAGCUCUGUCGUAGAACAAUUGAAAUUGAACUUUCCAAGAUUCCAGGGGUUAAAGUUGUGAAGAGUUCGUUGCCAGCCAGGGUCAUCAGAGUCACCUACGACGACCAGUUGAUUGGUCAUGAUGUCAUCACUGAUGCCAUUGAUGAGCUGGGUUAUAUAGUCGGCAAAGUUGAGUCUUUUGCCAGUCCACUUUCAAACAAUAUUCGAUCAAGGAAUGAUAUCGCUCCUGCUUCUUCUGUGUCUGAAAAACCUGAUGAUAAAAUUUCUGCUGUAGCCAACUGUCAAACAGAAUUCAAGGAGAAUGAAGUAGAAGCACCUACGUGUGAAACAUUUAAUUUGAUUAUCAAGGUUGAAGGAAAGAUCAUAAGAGGAAAUCAGUUGCCAGCUUGCGUCUUGGAGAAGGUUCGCGAGUGUCCUGGGAUCAUGAAGGCAACAGUCAACCAAGAGGGCACCCUAACAGUGGUCCAUGAUCCGGGAAGAAAGAGCAUGAAGAAAUAUGUGAUGGAUCUCAUUACCAAGCUGGGCUAUGGGUCAGAAGGAAGCAUAGCUGGCAUGUCAAGACAGAGCAGAAGAAAACAUGAGAAAGGAUCGACCGAGGAGCUACAGCUUUUGCUUGAUCCUUCAGAGCCAGCUGACAACACCCAUCUACCAAAAGCAACCAGCGAUUGCAUACAGAGUUACCACAACCCCAGGGGUGGGGGUCCCAAUGACCACCCCUCCACCAGCCCUGCCCUCCCCAAACAGAAACCCACCUCUGAAAACCAGGAUGAGAUAGAGGCCCUGAUAAUAUCCGGGGAGGAUGCCCCGUCCUCCUGCUGUGCGGAGGAGGAUUCGGUUAAGAACAGGGAUGUCGUGAUCGAGAUGAAGCCACGGCUGGGUUCUUCCUGGGUGAAGGAUGCUGGGAAGGCUGAAGUCGGUAGAUGUGUGAUAACAGUCAUAGGGAUGACCUGUGCCUCCUGUGUGAAUACAAUAGAAAAGACACUCAUCAAGCAAAGGGGUAUUGAAAGUGUGACUGUUUCUCUGAUAGCUCAAAAGGCAGAGGUGAAGUACCAGGUUGCCACGGUAACCCCUCCAGAGAUCGCAGUGAUGAUAGAAGACAUGGGAUUUGAUGCAGAAGUGAAAGAGGAACAGAAGGCUAAUGGGGAAGAAACACUGACUCUAAUUAUCAACGGCAUGGAAUGUGCUUCCUGUGUAAAUAACAUUGAGAGUCUGACGAAGGCAUUGGAUGGGGUCAAAGAUGCGUCUGUUGCCUUGACAACAUGUAAAGGUGUAUUUCGCUAUGAUCCGGCAACCAUUGGGCCAAGAACCAUCAUGGAUGCUAUAGAGGAUGCGGGCUUUGAUUGUGAGAUCAGUACAGAAGAGAAUCAGAUAAACAUGGCUAAUCAACACAUGAAAACCAUCAAGAAGUGGAGGACAUCGUUCCUCAUUUCACUCAUCUUUGGUGUACCAGCCAUUACAACGAUGCUCUACUUCAUGAUCUCAAAGAACCACAUCAUUGUCAUUCCUGGACUCUCCCUGGAGAAUCUCAUCCUAUUCAUUUGUGCAACUAUGGUCCAGUUCCUGGGUGGCCGGUACUUCUACGUGCAAGCGUACAAAGCCCUCAAACAUCACACUGCCAACAUGGACGUCCUCAUCAUGAUGGCGACAUCGACUGCGUACGUUUACUCCCUCAUCGUUGUCCUCGUUGCCAUAGGUCGUCAGGAGCAGGGUAGUCCGAUGACCUUCUUUGACACUCCCCCGAUGCUGCUGGUCUUUGUUUCGCUGGGACGGUGGUUGGAACACAUUGCUAAGGCCAAGACCUCUGAUGCCCUGUCUAAGCUCAUGUCCCUCCAGCCAGCCGAAGCUAUCCUGGUGGAACUGGGUCCAGAGAACCAGGUCCUGAAAGAGCGUCAGAUUAGUGUGGAAUUGGUCCAGAAGGGUGAUGCACUCAAGGUGGUCCCGGGUUCCAAGAUACCUGUCGACGGUGAGGUGGUUGAUGGGAUAUCGUCGGCUGAUGAGGCUCUGAUUACAGGAGAGUCUAUGCCAGUCAGUAAAAAACCAGGUUCCAAGGUUAUUGGUGGCUCUAUAAAUCAGACUGGUGUUUUGAUCAUGGAGGCUACUCACGUUGGUAAAGACACAACUCUGGCUCAAAUUGUCAAAUUGGUGGAAGAUGCACAAACUUCAAAGGCACCAAUUCAGCAGAUUGCAGACAAGAUAUCAGGCCUUUUUGUUCCGACCAUUCUCUUCCUCUCUAUCGGCACAUUGUGUAUCUGGAUAACCAUUGGAUUCGUGGACAUUGAAAAAGUCCCUAUAUACUCCCCACCUGCUGAAAAUUCUACUGAAGAGACGAUUCAGCAAGAGAGGAUGGAGACCAUCUUCUCCUUUGCAUUUGAGCUUGCCAUUGCCGUCAUGGCGAUUGCCUGCCCCUGCGCCCUAGGUCUGGCAACCCCUACUGCUGUGAUGGUAGGCACCGGGAUGGGGGCACGGAAUGGAAUCCUCAUCAAAGGGGGUGAACCCCUGGAAAUGGCUCACAAGGUUAAGACUGUGGUCUUCGACAAGACAGGCACCAUCACUCACGGUAAACCAAGGGUCAUGAGGACCAAGCUCUUUGCUGAUGGGCUGGACACCAUGACAGAGGAGGAAUUCUUGGCCAUAUGUGGAACAGCAGAGUCUGGCAGUGAACACCCUCUUGGGAUGGCUGUCUUGAAGCAUGCAAAGGAGAUGUUACAGGCAGACCAGGUUGGUCGAUGCUCAGACUUCAACGCCGAGCCAGGCUACGGACUCCGCUGCACUGUCAGUCAUAUCACAGCCAUGUUGAAAAAUUUUCCCACGAUGCAAUUGCUUGCCAACAAAAAUGAAGAAAUUGAGAAAUGCGAAGAUAUCCAGAAAGCUUCAAUUCAAAAGAAUGAAUUCACAGUACUUAUUGGAAACAGGGAAUGGAUGAAAAAGAAUGACUUAAUGGUCACAGACGAUAUGAAUGAUGCAUUAGGUCAUAACGAAGCUCAGGGACAUACUGCAGUAUUAGUAGCUGUAGAUGAUCAAAUCGUUGGGAUGAUCGCAAUCGCUGACACUGUCAAGCCAGAAGCCCAACAAGCCAUACAAACAUUGAAAGAUCUAGGUCUUGAUGUAGUACUACUCACAGGUGAUAACAGGGUUACUGCUAAUGCUAUUGCUAAACAGGUUGGAAUAUCCCAGGUCUUUGCGGAGGUUCUCCCCCAUAAUAAGGUUGAAAAGAUCACUGAACUGCAGGAGAAAGGUCAGCGUGUUGCCAUGGUAGGAGAUGGGGUCAAUGAUAGCCCCGCCCUGGUGAAGGCUGAUGUAGGCAUCGCCAUAGGAACAGGGACGGAUGUGGCUGUAGAAGCCGGAGACAUUGUUCUUAUUAAGAGUGAUCUGAUGGAUGUUGCCGCGGCGAUCGAUCUUUCCAAACACACCGUCAGAAGGAUCUACAUCAACUUCUUCUUUGCCUGUAUCUACAACUCAGUUGGAAUUCCAAUUGCAGCUGGUGUCCUUGCUCCACUCAAUAUUUUCUUACGUCCAUGGAUGGCCUCAGCUGCUAUGGCGAUGUCUUCUGUUUCCGUGGUGACCUCAUCCCUUGUGCUCAAACUGUACAAAAAGCCAACGUACAAUAGCACAUCUGCUAUGGUUUGAGAUCAUUAGUAUUCUCUGCUACCACACAACACCCAACUCUACUACUAAAGUGCAUUUGCGUGAAGCUAGUCAUGCAGUUUUAAACUCUCUAAAACUAAAAAGUUCAUUAUGAAACAUUGCAUGCAUUUUAUUUUCCCUUGAAAGCUGUGCAGCAUUAAGAAUGAUGAUUUUUCCUCAAAGUUAUAAACGUUUGAAAUGUAAUUUAAUGCCAUUUACAUCAAGUGAGUCUGGACCAUGUAUUGAAUUUUUGAAGUUCUUGAUUGACCCUUUUAAUACAUACCUUCCUUUAUUAUCCAGAUUAAAUUCUCACAGAUGAAUGAAAUUGGAAUAUUUUAGUUGGAACUCGUUAUUAAAACUCUUUGGGCCCAGUGAUGUUGAACUUUUCAUGAUGACUUGUUUACUUUAAAUGGAUUAUUUUUUAACCAAUUAAAUUGCCUAGCUUUUGUAGAUCUUAAGUUUGUAUCCUCUCAGUCUUCUAGCAGGGGCCCGUUGCAGAAAGAGUUGCAAUCAAUCGCAACUUUUAAAAUCAUGCGCAACUUGAUUUUCUACCAAUCA